AUGGCGGAUAGUCGUGGCCUGCAAGGCUCAGCCAAUACCAGAAGUAAUAGCCGUAUUUUGGCUGAGUCUUUAUCUCGUGUAGUGGAAUUGAAUGAAGAAAGUGGUUCUAUGAUGGAAUCUGGCUUAUCGGAGUUGAAUACAUCAUGUGAAGACCGAGAUAUUGGCGAAUGUGUCGGAGGGGAUUUGGCUUCAAAAUCCGACGAGGCAUACGAGGAUUUUCUGAAGGCUAUUAAAGCUGGAAAUAUUGAGGUAACAGAGAUAUUGAAAUACGUAAACAUUAUAGAAAGAGAUAUUCUAGAUACCUCAACUGAGGAAGUUAAACAAAAAUGA